AUUAAAGUCUGAGUAAUGGUGAUUAACUCAUCCUGCGCCGCUAUAAAAGCCUCUGACAUUCGGAGAGAGGGCACCAUCAAGUCCAAGAACCCCAGGAGUGAAGGUUUGUGCUACUCCUCCGCAGCCAUGAAGUUCUCCCUGGUCGCCACUAUUCUUGUUGUGCUGGCUGUUGCUCACGGCUCUGAGGCCAGGUCGCUGGUGAAGCGUGAGGUCCAGGCAGAGGUGGACAGGAUCACCCAGCUCCUCAGGGAGAUGUCUGCCAGCGUCACCACGGCAACCCAGGACAUGGUGGAGAAGAUGAAGGCUCUAGAGAUGACCAACACUGCCCAGACGUACAUGGAGGACAGUCGGGCGAAGAUCCAGCCUCUGGUGGAGCAGGUCCAGUCCGAGGCAGCCAAGCUGCAGGAGCAGGUCAAACCCCUCAUCUCCAACAUCGAGGAGCACAUCCGGCCCCUAACGGACGAUUUCAACGCUCAGGUCCUGACUGACAACCUCCAGAACCAGGUGAAGCCCCUGACCAGCAUGAUGGAGAAGUUCCUCCAGCAGGUGAUGGAGCAGUCCAAGGCCCUGCUGCCACCCCAGUGAACGCUAUGGCUGGACGAACAGCCAUAGCGGAAUAGACUGGAGCGCAGAAUCCGCUCUGAACACUAAAUACUUUUCUGUUUCAGUUUCACUGAGAAGCUUAAACUUCAUCAUUAAAGUUUUCUGAAAGUCA